AUACCUGCCCGCUGUCUUCCUCCUCCCUCUUCCACUCGUCUCGCAAAUCGCCAUUAUUAAGAGCUCCGCGAAGGAAAAUAUAUCCCCCAAAUCCUCGCUACCAGUGCCUCUCCAACCCUUGCCCCCAUCGCAGUUAACUCGCCUGCGCGCGCGCCCAAAGCACCACCUCUGCUCGAUCCCACCUUGCCUGCGUGCUUCCACUCGAGGUUUCCGAUUGUCCUUUGGUUUCUUGGCCAUUUGCGACGAGAUUUAGCGGUAGGGCUCGCGGGGAUGCGUCUGCACGCGGAGGUGUUGGAAGAGAAGGAGGAGGAGGGGGCUGUAAUGGCUUCGGCGGCGCUGUCGCCGCCGCUCAUCGGCGCGACGAUGGCGGCCCCCAGGCUAGUGGUGGGUUACGCCCUCACGAAGAAGAAGGUGAAGAGCUUCCUCCAGCCCAAUCUGCUCUUGCUGGCGAGGAAGAAUGGAAUCAGUUUCGUAUCUAUUGAUGAGUCUCUUCCUCUCUCAGAACAAGGCCCUUUUGAUAUUAUUUUGCACAAGAUAACUAGCAAGGAGUGGCAGCACGUUCUGGAGGACUAUCAUGAAGAACAUCCAGAAGUUACUGUCCUUGACCCACCAAAUGCCAUCCAGCAUCUGAACAAUCGACAAUCAAUGCUGGAAGAAGUAGCUGAUUUGAACUUGUCGAAUUUCUAUGGAGAAGUUUGUACCCCACGCCAACUGGUCAUUACGAAAGAUCCAUCCUCUAUACCAACAGUUGUUGCCAUGGCUGGGCUAACCUUGCCCUUGGUUGCCAAGCCAUUGGUUGUUGAUGGAACAUCUAAAGCUCAUGAACUAUAUCUUGCAUAUGACGAGGCUUCCUUGUCAAUGCUUGAUCCCCCUCUGGUUCUACAGGAAUUCAUAAAUCAUGGCGGGAUCCUCUUUAAGGUGUAUAUCAUUGGUGAAACAGUACAGGUUGUCCGCAGGUUCUCUCUUCCUGAUGUUAACACCUAUGACUUACUAAACAGUGCUGGGGUCUAUCGAUUGCCAAGAGUUUCAUGUGCUGCAGCUAGCGCAGAUGAUGCAGACCUUGACCCUCUUAUUGCAGAGCUUCCUCCAAGGCCACUUCUAGAGAAACUGGGCAGGGAGCUUCGUGGGCGGCUGGGUUUAAGAUUGUUCAACAUAGAUAUGAUUAGAGAACUUGGAACCAAAGAUCGGUACUACAUAAUUGACAUAAACUACUUCCCAGGUUAUGGUAAAGUGCCAGGGUAUGAGCACAUAUUCACCGACUUCUUAUUAACUCUUGCACAAAGCAAGUACAAAAGGUACUUAAGCGGGACAUGAAGUGGAAGAACGUUUGUGAAGAGUGGACACUGACAAAAUGGCAUGUAACGGUGGCAGCUAUGCUUUUCCGCCGAUGUACAUAUUCUGGAGACAUAAGCAUAAGCCGGUGGCUCGAGGAAGUCAGUUCGUGUUUGUUCAAAAGUGGUGGCACAUGCUGGAUCCGGAGUAGGAAAUAAUAAGGAAAAUGCUCGGAUGCCCUGUGCCCGUCUUGUAAAAUGUUGUUUACUGAAUACCUUCGUCGUGAUGGCCUCCUUUCAUCAUAAUUUAGCGAUUGUUUUCACGAGCCA